AUUGACACCGCACCUGGAAAUCAUGGCAGCAGCGGGGUUUCGUCCACUACAAGCUCCUUUAAGGGUACAGCGAUGCGUGCGCAAUAUCGUUCAGCCGCAGAGAACUCAAAUAGCCAUGCACAUGUACCGGUAUGAAAUGUAAAAUACACGGAAGACGAACAGCUCAAUGUGCAUCGUUCAAUACCACCGGCAGGGCACAAAAUGACGGCGACCCUUGGUCUCUCUAAUCGAAUGGAUGAUGAUUUCCAAAAUGGCACCAUCACACUAUUUAUUAGCGCUAACGCCACCACUGACAUCCUCUCUUCAGCGAGUGCUGAAGACAUCCUGGGGCCUCGCUAUCACAAGCGAUCCCGCAUUGCUAUUAUCAUUGUCAUGAUCGUGGCUUCAGUCAUCGGCAACACGUUCGUCUGCUGGAAGCUCGUCAUCAAGAGACGACGACAACGAAUGUCCAAAGCCCGUGUGCUCUUCUUGAAUCUGGCCAUCUCAGAUCUGAUGGUAGCUUGCAUCACCAUGACGUCGCAAGUGGUGUGGGAGGUGAUGGGUAGGCUGUGGAUUGCUGGCGAUGCUUUCUGUCGCCUUUUCAAGUUCCUACAGACGUUCGCACUCGUGUCGUCCACUUAUAUGCUCGUAGUGAUCGCGCUUGACAGACACAUCGCUAUUGUUACUCCGCUGGCACCGAACCCAGACCCUUGGAAGUUGGCAGCUUUCACCUGGCUGGCAUCGUGCUUGCCGUCCCUGCCGAACGUUUACGUGUUCCACGCCGUCCAGGUGGAUCGUGCAAGGUGUUUCUGCGCGUCCAUCUUCUACGAAAGCAGCACGCCAAUCUACCACCGACAGCUCUACAUGGGAUUCGUGUUCUUCAUGGUGUUCGUGGUUCCGCUCGCACUAUUGGUGACAUUCUACACGGGCAUCUUAUGCACCAUAUGGAAGCACCGCUCCAGGAGUGACAAAGUGGGCCAGCAAACAGCCUCGUCGCUUCCGCUUGCCAAGGUGAAGACUCUGAAGAUGACCGUCGUGGUGUUCUGUGCUUUUCUUGUGACAAACGUACCCUACAUGGUACAAGAAGUCAUCCUGGCAUUCGGCAAUCCGGGCGUCCUCAAUGCAAACGUAGUGGCUCUGUCUGGCGUCAUAUCGGCCUCGAACAGCGCCAUAAAUCCGUACAUCUUUCUGUACUUCCAGAAGGACCACCACGGGGGAAGUAGAAGCACGUUUAUGUCGUUGGUGAGAAAUCUGCCCUGCUUCCGUCGCUGGUUCGCUCGCGCCAGAAGCAAGAGCAGUCACAAGAUGGCGACACUGACGGUGACGUACUCCUGUCGGCAUUCGCGGACAGUAACCACGGCUAACCUGGAUAUGGCUUCCGAAAGGACUUAACUCUUGUACGACAUCAUUUCGAACACAUUAACAAAGAAAUGUUGCUCGCGAUGCAUCAUCUAUGAGAUUUUCUGUUGCUUUUAUCAAGAUAAAGCGUCUUUCUCGCUCCUUUU